UUGCCUGUUUCACGGCGGUGUAAAUAAACAAUGCAGUUUGUUUGGCCAAAGAGGGUCUGACUGAAACAUUCUGCUGUCAUCGAGGCGCAGGACUGAAAUCUGCUUCAAGCCGAAUAGAGAUUUUAUUACUUUUGGAGUGGAGUGAGUCGGUUCCUCCAAGCCAUGCACUGCAGCUGUGUAUGGAGCUCCAGGGCUCUGUCCCCUGCCCUGCUCCCUAGGCUGCUGUCCCAUGCAGGAUGCUGGGCUCCGGGGACCAGGCCUAGGGGUAUCUGGAGCUCCCCUCGGAGACUGGCCUCGGCUGUAGAGACCACGCAGCCCAUCCCCCUGCCCAGCCAGGCCCGGGUGGUGAUCUGUGGAGGGGGCAUCGUUGGGACGUCUGUGGCCUAUCACCUGGCCAAGCUGGGCUGGACUGAGAUAGUACUAUUGGAGCAGGGAAGGCUAGGUGCUGGCACCACCAGGCUGUGUGCUGGGAUCGUCAGCGUGGCCAAGCCCAUCUCUAUUGAGUGUAAAAUGGCUGACUACUCCAACUCCCUGUAUGAACACCUGGAGGAGGAGACUGGGGUCAAGACAGGUUACGUGAAAACAGGCUCUCUAUGUCUGGCCCAGAAUCAGGACCGUUUCCUCUCCCUGAAGCGCCUGGCAUCCAGGCUGAAUGUGAUGGGGAUCCCCUGUAACGUGAUCAAACCCAAAGAGGUGUCCAAGCUCCACCCCCUGGUGAAUAUUCAUGACCUGGUGGGGGCGCUCCACCUGCCGGGGGAUGCCGUGGUGUCACCGCCUGACGUCAACCACGCCCUCGCCACAGCAGCAGCCGGACACGGAGUCCAGAUCCACGAGCGCACCACAGUUAACCAUGUUCUGAUGGAGAAGGGACAUGUGACAGCGGUGGAGACGGACAGAGGAGCCAUCGAGUGUGAAUACUUUGUCAACUGUGCAGGACAGUGGGCGUAUGAGCUGGGCCAGGCCAGUGAGACCAAGGUGUCUGUUCCUCUGCAUGGAUGUGAACACUUCUACCUGCUCUCCAAACCUCUACCAGAGCCUCUACAGCCCAGCACCCCAGGUGAGUCUACCUCCUCUCAGAGCCUCUACAGCCCAGCACCCCAGGUGAGACUACCUCCUCUCAGAGCCUCUACAGCCCAGAACCCCAGCCCAGCACCCCAGGUGAGUCUACCUCUACAGCCCAGAACCCCAGGUGAGACCACCUCCUCUCAGAGCCUCUACAGCCCAGCACCCCAGAGCCUCUACAGCCCAGCACCCCAGGUGAGACUACCUCUACAGCCCAGAACCCCAGGUGAGACUACCUCCUCUACAGCCCAGAACCCAGGUGAGACUACCUCCUCUCAGAGCCUCUACAGCCCAGAACCCCAGGUGAGUCCACCUCCUCUACAGCCCAGCACCCCAGGUGAGUCCAUCUCCUCUACAGCCCAGCACCCCAGCCCAGAACCCCAGGUGAGACUACCUCCUCUACAGCCCAGAACCCCAGGUGAGUCCACCUCCUCUCAGAGCCUCUACAGCCCAGCACCCCAGGUGAGUUCACCUCCUCUACAGUCCAGAACCCCAGGUGAGACUACCUCCUCUCAGAGCCUCUACAGCCCAGAACCCCAGGUGAGUUCACCUCCUCUACAGUCCAGAACCCCAGGUGAGACUACCUCCUCUCAGAGCCUCUACAGCCCAGAACCCCAGAGCCUCUACAGCCCAGAACCCCAGGUGAGUCCACCUCCUCUACAGCCCAGCACCCCAGGUGAGUCCACCUCCUCUCAGAGCCUCUACAGCCCAGAACCCCAGCCCAGAACCCCAGGUGAGUCCACCUCCUCUACAGCCAAGAACCCCAGCCCAGAACCCCAGGUGAGUCCACCUCCUCUACAGCCCAGUACCCCAGGUGAGAAAACCUCCUCUACAGCCCAGAACCCCAGCCCAGAACCCCAGGUGAGUCCACCUCCUCUACAGCCCAGAACCCCAGGUGAGUCCACCUCCUCUCAGAGCCUCUACAGCCCAGAACCCCAGGUGAGUCCACCUCCUCUACAGCCCAGAACCCCAGUGGUGAUGGAUAUGGACGGGAGGAUCUAUGUGAGGUCAGGGGGUGACAGUGGUGAUGGAUAUGGACGGGAGGAUCUAUUGGUGAUGGAUAUGGGACGGGAGGAUCUAUUGGUGAUGGAUAUGGACGGGAGGAUCUAUGUGAGUGGUGAUGGAUAUGGACGGGAGGAUCUAUGUGAGGUCAUGGACUCCGGUGCUGAGGACUUCUCCCCAGUGUACUCCGUCUCACACCCAGGCUGGAAGCUGAGGAGACCACACACACACCACACGUCACACACCCAGGGAGCCAGAUGGAUGGAGAAACACGGCUUUGAGAGGGCCAAGUACUUCAUCCCUGCAGGGAAGGACCUGCUGUCCCUGGAUGCCAGUAAGACGUUCUAUAAGCCUGACUGGUUUGACAUCGUGGGGGCGGAGGUGAAAUGCUGCAAGGAGGCCGUCUGUGUCAUCGACAUGUCCUCCUUCACCAAGUUUGAGCUCACUUCUACAGAUGACCAGGCGUUGGCGUUGCUGCAGCACCUGUGUGCCAAUGACCUCGAUGUGCCAGUGGGUCACAUCGUUCAUACGGGCAUGCUGAACGAGAGGGGCGGAUAUGAGAACGACUGCAGCGUGGUCAGAGUCAAGAAGAACAGCUUCUUCAUCAUCUCUCCUACAGAUCAGCAGGUCCACUGCUGGUCGUGGUUGAAGAAGCACAUGCCUGACGGCCCACAGCUCCACCUAGAGGACGUCAGCUGGAAGUACACUGCGCUGAAUCUUAUUGGUCCGCGGGCGAUGGACGUCCUAGGGGAACUAUCGUAUGUCUCCAUGACUCCCGAACACUUCCCGUCCCUCUUCUGUAAGGAAAUGAGUGUGGGCUACGCCAAUGGGAUCCGAGUAAUGAGUAUGACCCAUACAGGAGAGCCGGGCUUCAUGCUUUACAUACCUAUAGAGUAUGCGCUCCAUGUCUACAACGAGGUGAUGUCAGUGGGCCAGAAGUAUGGGAUCCGUAACGCUGGGUACUACGCCCUGCGUUCUCUCCGAAUAGAGAAGUUCUUUGCCUUCUGGGGUCAGGACCUGGAUCCUUUCACCACUCCCCUGGAGUGUGGACGGGAGUUCAGGGUCAAGUUUGACACGGACAUAGACUUCCUGGGCGAGCGUCUGCUGCAUCAGCGUCAGGAGGGGUGA